AUGGUGCUGAGCACGGAGCAGGUGACCCUCAUCGGGCAGGUGUUCGAGUCCUACGUGCUGGAGCACCACAGGGAUGACAUCCUGGGCAUCCUGAGGCAGGCCGAUGACGAGGCACACUAUCCUGUCGUUGUCGAUGCCAUGACGCUCUUUGAGGCCAACAUGGAGAUCGGGGAGUAUUUCAACGCCUUCCCCAACGAGGUGCUCCCGAUCUUCGACAGCGCACUGCGCCGGGCUGCCCUGGCAGCGCUGCAGGCUGCCCCGGCCACCCCGCAGCUCAGCGUGAAGCACAACCUCCAUGCCAGGGUCUCCGGUUUGCCCGUUUGCCCGGAGCUGACUCGAGAGCACAUCCCUAGAACCAGGGACGUGGGUCACUUUUUGUCUGUCACUGGGACUGUUGUACGGACCAGUUUGGUGAAGGUUUUGGAGUUUGAGCGGAGUUACAUCUGCAAUAAGUGCAAGAAUGUGUUUACUGUCAAGGCUGACUUUGAACAGUACUAUGCCUUCUGUCGUCCAUCAGCCUGUCAGAAUGAAGAAGGCUGCAACUCAACCAAGUUCACCUGUCUCUCUGGAACAGCCUCUUCUCCUACCUGCUGCAAAGACUAUCAAGAAAUCAAAAUUCAGGAACAGGUUCAAAGACUGUCUGUUGGGAGCAUCCCUCGUUGCAUGAUGGUUGUUCUAGAGGAUGACUUAGUGGACAGUUGCAAGUCUGGAGAUGACAUCACAGUGUACGGAGUGGUAAUGCAGAGGUGGAAACCUUUCCGCGAGGAUGCACGCUGUGACUUGGAGCUUGUUUUGAAAGCCAACUAUAUUAAAGUAAACAAUGAGCAGCUAGCAGGGGUUGUCAUUGAUGAAGAAGUCCGCAAGGAAUUUGAAGACUUCUGGGAAAAGCAUAGGGAUGAUCCCUUAGCAGGGAGGAAUGAAAUUUUGGCUAGCUUAUGCCCUCAAGUGUUUGGAUUGUACCUUGUGAAACUGGCUGUAGCCAUGGUGCUUGCAGGUGGUGUACAGAGGACUGAUGCUACUGGAACUCGAAUCAGAGGUGAAUCCCAUCUUCUAUUGGUUGGAGACCCAGGUACAGGGAAAUCUCAGUUUCUGAAGUAUGCAGUAAAGAUUAUGCCACGCUCUGUGCUCACUGCAGGAAUUGGAUCUACAAGUGCAGGUCUGACAGUGACUGCUGUGAAAGACUUUGGGGAGUGGAACUUGGAAGCUGGAGCACUGGUGCUUGCAGAUGGAGGCCUUUGUUGCAUUGAUGAGUUCAACAGUAUCAAAGAACAUGACAGGACCAGUAUCCAUGAGGCAAUGGAGCAACAAACCAUUAGCGUUGCAAAGGCAGGCUUGGUGUGCAAGCUUAAUACAAGGACAACUAUCCUGGCAGCAACAAACCCAAAAGGCCAUUAUGACCCUAAUGAGUCUGUGUCUGUCAACAUAGCCCUUGGCAGCCCACUGUUGAGCAGAUUUGACCUGGUCUUAGUAUUGUUAGAUACAAAGAAUGAGGAGUGGGACCGCAUCAUUUCAUCUUUCAUCUUGCAAAAUAAAGGGUGCCCAAGGAGAUCAGAAAAGCUGUGGAGCAUGGACAAGAUGAAAACCUAUUUCUGCCUUAUCAAACGUAUCCAGCCAAAACUGUCUGAUGAGAGCAACCUGAUCCUCGUUCGCUACUAUCAGAUGCAGCGUCAGAGCGACUGCAGAAAUGCUGCCCGCACCACCAUUCGCCUCUUGGAGAGCUUGAUUCGCCUGGCAGAAGCUCAUGCCCGGUUGAUGUUUAGGGAUACUGUGACUCUGGAAGAUGCUAUAACUGUAGUAUCAGUGAUGGAAUCUUCUAUGCAGGGGGGUGCACUGCUUGGAGGCAUCAACGCCUUGCACACCUCAUUUCCAGAUAACCCGAUGGCACAGUACCGAACACAGUGUGAACUCAUACUGGAGCGACUGGAGCUACAAGAUCUUCUGCACAAGGAGCUACAAAGACUGGACAGAUUACAGAAGGAAAAUUCAUGCCAACUGCAGCCUGAAGAGGCAAGUUUCAGUACUAUGACAAGAUGCUUGUAUGAGGGUACAUUUGGGCAGUCAAAGCAAACAUCUCUGCUGGAACUUUCAAAUCAACAACAGAAUAAUUCCAGGGCACAGCUUGAAGGCAGCUGUGGAGGGAACAGGCAUCUAGAACCCUUGAGCAACCCAACACAUGGUAAUGACAAACAUAUAAAUGGCCUGGUAUGGUUUGAUAGCCUGGAAGAGAGCAACACUGAUGCUGAAGAAACUUUUCAGAACAACUCCCCAGUGCCCAAGAUAUCUCCAAAACACAUGGCUUCAAAAACUCUGUGUAAAGCACCCUGUGCUGCAGAAAGAAGUGUUUCAGUACCAAGGAAAGGAAAUGAAGUGGCAACUGAGAAUCUCUGUGCUCCUUUGGAACAAGACAAAGUUUCCAAGAAACACAGGAAAAGGACUGAAGAACACAAUUCCUCUUCUUCAGAAGCAAAUAGUCAAGGCCCAGCAUCACCAAGAGCUAGUCUGCAGGGUUUGGUUAUUACACAGCGGGUUCCUAAAAGCUGUCAGAGACUGCACACAAAGAAAUCACGGGGAUUCUUCACAAGUACACAGGACCCUGAGGCUGCAGUAUUGCCUGUGUCUGACCUACUAGAUCUUUCAAGUGAUGCAGAUUCUGUGCUAGGAGCGGGAGAGAGCAGUGUAUCUGUAGCAGCAAAACCUGCAGCAGUUUCCAUGAGAAAAAGAAGUAAAGGCCAAGCAGUAAAGGCAAAAAAGGUAGUUAGUUCCCAUGAUCCAGAAGUCCUUGACAGUGAAAGUCCUCCAGCAGCUAAACUAGCUAAAUUUUCUUUCAGACCAAGGACAAAAGUUGAUCUUUCUUCAGAGAAGAAAAAUGAAGAAUUUUCUCUUUGUCAGACUGAAACCACUUCUAAGCCUGGAGAGAAGCUCCAGGGAGAGCAGCUGCCAGAAGAAUGUUGUCCCCCUGAGAAAUGCAAGAUGACAUUGACUCGCUUAGGAAAAAAUAGUUUGGAAAAACAAUCAAUGGAUAAUAAAGGGAGAGAAAAGCAACAGAGUGAGGCCUUAGGCAAGGAGAUGAGAGGAAGUACAACAGUACACUCUGUUGACAGUUCUGGUGCUGUGUCAUCCCCACCCACUGAACAGAAAAAGGAGGGAAAGGAGAAGCUUGGUGGUCCAAGGCCAGGGAAGGUGUGCUCCAGCACAUUAGCCACACUGUCAACGUUUUCCUUUGCAUCACGUCCUGAAUCAAAAUCGGAAACCUCACCUGCCAUCAGGAUUGACACUAACAGGGGAAGCCGUAGCCCAUUGCUGAAGGGGCAUGUGAGCAAUCCUAGCAGGAGGAAGAGUUUUGCAUUGGGAAAUGCUAGUAAAGCCAGUGUGGUCAUACAGAAAUCUCUCUUCUCCAUAGCAGAGCUGGAUGAUGCUGCAUUAGAUUUUGAUUGGGAUGAAGAGGUUAGGAAAAAUCCAAGCACGUAA